GGCCAUCUAAAAUUUUAAUACUAUUUAAUAAUUCUAAUCAAAUGUAAAAAUAAUUUUUACAUUUUAUCCCAUUACCAUUAGAUACUACUUUCCAACUGCUGGCCAAGUCUUAAUGGUGUCCAUUUCCACCUACACUUUACAAAGUCCAAAGAUGGAUCUUGAAUUUAUUGUGUUGUAGACUUUGUAGUCUACCUCAAAUACCACAAAGUCCAUUCGCAUUUUCACUUCUUACAGUUGCAGCUGAUCUUUCUUCUUCCUCUUCUCACUUCUCAUCAAUUCCAAAAACAUGGCUGCUCUAUACAAUUCUUCACUUUUCUCUUUAGUCUUUCUUCUCUUGAUUGCCACCGCCAUCGCAGAGAUCCGAUCCACCCAGAUCCGAUCCGGUUCUCGUUCUACCAUCCCUUUUGACGAAUUUGGGUACACCCAUUUCGGCCGUCUCAAUCUCACUGUCACCGAUAUCUCAUUCUCCAACCCCAAAUCCGGACCCGAACCCGUUCUAUCCGAAUUGGGUUUCUUCCUCGUCACCCGUGAAGCUUGGCAGCAUGUUCUUGAGCAACUUCAAGAUGGUGAUAUCCGGUGUACUCUCCAUUCAGAUCUCGUCAAAAGGGUUUUCACUUUUGAUCAAUUGCAACCCUCUGCGCGUCAAUUCACAACUUCGUUUAGUGUAUCUGAUGCGAAUCAAUUCACUCUUGUUUUUGCCAAUUGCAUGCCUAAUUUGGUGGUUUCGAUGAAUGUUCACUCGGUUAUGUACAAUUUUAACCCGAAAAGUGGGCAGCUUGAUUUUCUGUCGGCAGGCAAGACUGCUCUUCCAGCGAUUUACUAUUUGUUUUUCGUAGUUUAUGUGUUGAUGGGGGCUUUUUGGGUUUUUGCUCUUUACAAGAAAAGAUUAUCUGUUUAUGGAAUUCAUUUCUUUAUGCUUGCUGUUGUGAUCUUGAAAGCAUUGAAUUUGCUGUGUGAGGCUGAGGAUAAAUCGUAUAUUAAGAAAACUGGUACUGCUCAUGGGUGGGAUGUUUUGUUCUAUAUAUUUAGCUUCUUGAAGGGUAUUACUUUGUUCACUCUGAUAGUUUUGAUUGGAACUGGUUGGUCAUUUCUGAAGCCCUACUUGCAAGAUAAAGAGAAGAAGGUUUUGAUGAUUGUUAUUCCUUUGCAAGUUGUGGCCAAUCUUGCACAGGUUGUGAUUGAUGAAACUGGACCUUUUGGUGAAAAUUCAUACACAUGGAAGCAGGUUUUCUUGCUUGUUGAUAUUGUGUGUUGUUGUGCUGUAUUGUUUCCGAUUGUGUGGUCGAUUAAGAACUUGCGAGAGGCAGCUAAGACUGAUGGCAAAGCUGCAGUGAAUUUGAUGAAGUUGACAUUAUUCAGGCAGUACUACGUUAUCGUGAUAUGUUACAUUUACUUCACAAGAGUUGUGGUUUAUGCUCUGGAGACCAUCACCUCUUAUCGGUAUCAGUGGACUAGUGUGGUGGCUGCUGAAGCUGCAACACUUGCCUUCUAUGCCUUCACGGGGUAUAACUUCAGGCCUAAGGCACACAAUCCAUAUUUUGCGAUUGAUGACGAGGAGGAAGAAGCUGCUUCUGAGGCACUCAAGCUUGAAGAUGAAUUUGAAUUAUAGAUAUCAUUUUUCACUCUAUGCAGAUACGUUUGAAGAGGCGCAAUUGAAAAUACUCAAUCUCAGAGAAGGCUCUAUAGUAACAUUUUUUAAAUCACUGCCUAGUUUGUUUGUUCAUUAGUGUGUAUAUUCAAUCUAAUAGAUAUCUGGUAUGCUUUUAUUACAAUGUUGAACUAUUCUGUUAUGAAUUGAACUCUGGUUUUCGAAUAUCAAGUCAUAAAAAUGUUAUUAGCUUUGUUGUUAA